GACGUAGCGCGUCGCUGUUGCCAUGGGAACGGCUGUGGCGUCGCCGCCGUGGGAGCGCAGCGGGGACCGUUGGGUUCGCUGAGGCGGGGGGGGGGAGAUCCCAUCUUGUGCCGAACCCCGGCAUAAAAUCCGUGCUCGUGGGCAUUCGAUGCGGGUUGUGAUACGUGCUGUAGUCACCCUUUGGAUUCUAUGGGUUUAUUAACCCGAGAAAGCUGUAGGGAUGCAGUCUGCUCCCGUUAAACUCCCGUAGUUUGAAACAAGCUGCAGUAAUUUCAUCCAUUUUGCAUUAAACUGCACGAACUACAAUAAUUUCAUCCAUUUCGAAGCCAUUAAGCUCUCCUUCAAUUGACGAGAAGGAAGUUUCAGCCGGUAGAGUUGCUUUUAGGUUCUCCUCUACCCCAUGUUUGUGUGAGCAGACAGCUGAACUUUUGCUCUUGGGCUCAGUUAUCCAUUUGACACUUCAGAAACAGAGAGCUUCUCCACAGCACCGAAGUCCUGCUUCCAGCUGGAGUCUGUUAACCAACGAUCGAAGAACAAAAAGGUUUGGCACCUAGCAGACAACACUGGGAAUCAUGAACAACAAUAAUUUUGUGGUACUCCCAGGUUCAAAAAGUGUAACCUCUGUGAGAUUAAAAGCCAAAACUGUCAGAGAAUUGCAGCUGGAGAAAGUACAGUUGGAAAUGGAAAACAAAGAGGUGGAGAAGAAAUUACGACAGCUGCAGUCCAACAUGAGCAGAGAAAAGGAGGAGAGAAAGAAAUCAAGUGCUUAUCAUUGGAAGUCUGGACAAGCAGGACCAACCCUAGCCCGAUUUUUGUCACAAAACAAAGAAAAAAGCAGUAAGGUUUCUUCAGGAAAAGUGAAGUUGCAGCUGCUGAAAGAACCACUUCAAGUGUCAGAGAAAGAACCAUUCAAGCAUGGAAUGUCAAAUUAUGGAGCUCAUGAAAAAUCUGAAGCAAAGGAGAUAGUUUCCCAUUGUCCACAUACUAAGAAUGAAGGGCUGACAGAAGCCAGUACACGUGCUGGAAAACUGCAAGUUGUUGAUCACUUCGGAUUUAAUUCAUCGAUGAAUGAAACAGAAAUUAAUCACGAGGAGAAGAAGGUGAACAGCAAGCAUGGGGUCACUUCAAACAAGUUGUCAUCCUUGCCAGAGUCAGCAGGAACUGCUGAGGAGCUCUCUUCAGAAUCAGACUGGACAGGCCUUGACAAUCAGGACAAAGGGAUAUUACUAAAUGGUGUAUUUAAUGAGGAAGAAUCUGCAAAGUCUUUUCAGGAAGCUUUGAUUCAAUGGAGAAAUGGUAAUCAUGAUCACAGACGAGAACAGCAUGCUGAAUCUGUGAGAAAUCAUGAGGUACAGACCAGUCUUUCUGUUAUGAAAGAAAACGUCCAAAUUCAAUUCAAGGAGAGUGGCCUGAGCUACAUGGAGAAACUCUUGCUUAAGAAAUACAAAAGGACUUCUGUUGAUGAAAUGUCUGCUAGUUGCCUUAAGGAUUCAAGGCCUGAGCAUGAACUGACUGCAUUACGCAAAGCUGUGACUGGAGGAGAGGGAAAAGGAGAUGCUGGUGAUACAGAUGAUUUAAGAGUCGAAGGGGUGAGGAGAUACUGGACUUCUGUUUUUAGAGAGGAAGUACCCAAGAGUGUCACGGAAAGUGUGGAGUCCACUCUGAAAAUUGAAUUUCUACAUGAUUCUUAUGGCGUGGAGUUGGAAGAAUCAUGUAACUUCUUGGCGUCAGAAGCUGAGGCCACAGAAAUGAAUAACCAGAGAAACAUUGAACCAUUUGAAGAGUUUGGAAGGUGUGAGAAAAGAAGAGAUUAUUUUGGUUCAGCAACUGCAGAUCAGAAAAGCACACUAUCAAACCUUUUGCCAAAAGAGACUGCAGCCAUGAUGAGGAAGUCAUCUUGUCACUCAACUCUCAUGGCUGACGCUCAGUAUCUUUUACAUUCUCCUCCUGAUGGAAAUCUUGUUUCCUCUAAAGAAAUCUUGCAAGGAGAUGGGAGAUGGGUUACUGACACAAGUUUAAGUGAACAUGCUGAUGAGUCUGUAGUUGAGGCUGUCUUAGAAAGUCAAAUGAGUAGAUCUUCAAGUGGUCUCAAGACUUGUUACCAGAGGAGAAAUUCUACAUGCAGAUCAUACUCAGGGAAUGAUUCUAUCAGACCUCAAUCAAUGGAUGUGCUACAACGUAAACUGACCAGAAAUAGUCCAAAAAACUCUCAUCCAAGACCAAAGAGUUCACCUAUGCAUACCUUUAGAGCUGAUACUGAGAUAUCAAAGCACAAGUAUGUGGAUGUAAUUAAGCAAGAUGAGCAUUGUUGGGAGUAUAUUGCUGACCAAGAAGCUUUACUCUGUUUGGAAAAAGAAUUAGAAACUUACCUAUGUUCUCAAGAAAAACUUUACAACCUAACUUCUGAAGAUGUAACCUCCUCCAGCAGAUGCUCAAGGAAGAUGUAUGGAAAUGUUACAGAUUUCCAUAAAACCCUGGAUCUAAAAGACCACAGCAGAGCUGAUAUGCUUGGGGUCUGUGAUGAAGACCAAAUAGAUGAUGAGGAAGAAAUUCUGGAGGAUAAACGACAGGUUCUUGCAUUACAGUAAAUGUGAAGAAUGUAAUGGUUUUCCAUCUUUUCCUAUUGUACAAAACAACCAGAUGAAGAGUAAUUCUUGAGUGCUGCUGAUAUUAUUUAUUAAGGAUUAUUUUGUAAGUCUGUGAAUAAAAAUUCUUAAAAAAAUCACUUGGCUUGGUU